CUCGCUGGGCUCUGUCAGUUUUCAAGCUGAGAAGGAGCUUGGAUAUUACAUACCUUUCACAGCAGCACGAUUUUGCUCUGGCUUGGCUGAAGCUUUCCCACAGAUAAGGUGUGGAGAAGCACGAUUGCCCUGAGGACACCUCUCUCUUGCAGGAUAUGGAGAACAGGCCAGCAGAGACCAGCUCAGAGGUAGACAAGUCGGCAUCACCCUCGGUGGCUCAGCUAGCAGGGAAAUUCAAAGAGCAAGCAGCCAGCAACACUGGGAAAGAGGUGCCACCACAUAAGCCAACUCGGAGGAAACCACCAUGCUCCCUUCCAUUGUAUUCCCACAAAACUGAGACAAGUGAUAAUGAUGAGCAAAAGCGGUCUCCAAAUGCUUGCUCUUUUCCCAAGGUCAAGGUGAAAAGCUCCCCCAUGAUUGAAAAGCUGCAGGCCAACCUGGCUUUUGCUCCAGCUGCUCUGCUGCCGGGAGCAUCUCCUAAGAGCCCUGGUCCGAAAGCCCUGGUUUCUCCAUUCAGUACUCCUCCCUCAACGCCCAGCAGCCCAGGGAUUCAAUCUCAGCCCAGCGAAGUGACGGAAACACCGGUCAGCUUUGAUCAACCCCCGGAAGGCACUCAGCUGCAAUUCUAUAACAAGGUCCGGUCACGGGGAUCAAUAAAGCGCAGGCCUCCCUCAAGGAGGUUCCGAAGGUCUCUGUCCGAGUAUGGAGAUGGGGAAAAUCUAGCAGUCAACAUUGCUCCAGAAAAUGGUGCAAAGGAAGACGGGGAUGAGGUGUUUGGGACCAAGGCCAAGAAAGAGGAGGCAGAAAUAGGGAGCAAAGAGCAAAAGAAACAGAGAGAGUCUGGUGAGAAUCCCUCAUCAAGGAGAGGAUCCAGCCCAUCAGAAGAUGAAGAAAAAGGGGGAAAACAGGCCGAGGAAAUAACUCCUUGCCAGAGCAACACAGGGGAUAUGAAGGAGGAGGAAGUGUGUUUUGGUGUCUCGGGGGAGGACAACUCUCCCCAGCCUUCCUCUGGAAACAAGGAGGAGGUGUGUGAGGGUCCCCAGGGAGAAGAGCUGCAAGGCAGCACCUGUGAACAGGAAAAGGGGGACACAGAGAAGGAAGAAGCUGAAGCAGAGGAGACCAGUGAAAGCACAGACACUCAGAGAAUGCCAAGCACUGAAGAAACACCGCUGGCACCUGAACCACUGCAGGAUACAGUGGGCUUAGAGACUGCCAGUGAGCCUUCAACAUCAGCCACGCAGGAACAGGGCACAGCAUAACCAUGAUGCACAGGUAAGGUAGGUCAGUAUGAUGAUGGCUCCCUACAUCACCAAAGGGGUUUGCUUGUUAAUGAAAACGGUCUUUUUGCUGCUUCCUACACCCCAAGUAUCAAAUCUCAGACCUGAAGAGGCUUCAAGGCAAGGCAAUUAAAACAGCCAGCCCUCCUGUGU